CUCAAACCAGGCUGAAAGUCUUCCCUCAGCUUUUGGCGGAUUGUGGUGGCCCAGCUAUCUAUUACGCCAAAUGUGUAGUAGUCCAAGAAAAUUUGAAACAAAAUGCAUGCCUUCAAGAGUUCAAUGAACUGAGAAAAUGCAUUCACAAAGCAGCCAGAAAAAUUGGAACCCGCGUCUAGAAAUCCGUAGUCAAGCUGCUGUAGACAAGUGUGAUAGUGAGAAAAUGAAAUAUAAAGCUUGUGCCGCCGGUUUAGCCAUCCGUCUCUUCCUCAUCUUGUGGGGACACUUUCAAGACAAUUACCUGACGGUUCAGUAUACAGACGUGGACUAUAUAGUUUUCACCGAUGCAUCCAGAUAUGUCACCCAAGGACAAUCUCCUUACCUUCGACCCACCUACCGUUAUACACCACUACUGGCUUGGAUCCUCACUCCCAAUAUUUUCCUGAACGCGAAUUUUGGUAAAAUUUUGUUUUCAGUUGUCGAUUUGGUAAACGGUCUCAUCAUCUACGGAAAUGUGCAGUCGCGUUUCAAUCCAUCAGUAGCGUUUAAAAGUCUCUGUCUAUGGUUAUUUAAUCCCAUCACCCUCGUAGUUUCUACAAGGGGAAAUGCCGAGUCGCUCAUCAUUCUCUCUGUACUUCUUACUCUUUACUUUCACCACCGACUAUCUUACUUUGCCUGUGGUAUUUCACUUGGCCUAGCAGUACAUUUGAAACUCUAUCCCAUCAUCUACUCGGUGGUUUUCUAUACCAGCAUUUCCCCUUCGGCUACGUUAUUCCAAAGUCUGAAACCCAAUCUUGGCCGAGUCAAAUUGGUGUGUGGCUUUUGUCUCUCUCUCGUCACGGCCAGUUCCGUCAGCUAUUAUUUUUACGGCUGGCCCUUUCUUCACGAAACAUAUCUGUACCACUUGACAAGACAAGACGUCCGACACAAUUUCUCGCCUUAUUUUUACCUGCUCUACCUGCACAGUGAGCUGGACACGGCUCCCUUGGUCUCGCUGGCUUCUUUCCUACCACAAUUGCUCAUCGUGCUCAUCCUGUCGUGGCGCUACCGUUCCAGAGCCGACCUAAGUUUAGCCCUCUUCGUUCUCACCUUUGGCUUCGUCACCUUUAACAAAGUGGUCACGUCACAGUACUUUCUUUGGUAUUUGAGUCUUCUCCCUCUAUGCAUCCCUGAGCUCCACUUUAGCAAUACUAAACGGGUGGCCAUGGGAUUGGCAUGGCUGAUAUCUCAGGGACUGUGGCUUCUGUGCGCGUACAGACUCGAGUUUCUCGGUCACAACGUCAUGCUACACGUUUGGGUGGCGAGCCUCCUCUUCUUUGCUGUCAACGUCUAUAUUUUGACCCAAGUCCUCCAAGUUAAGAAUAAUCGGCGGGACAAGCCAAAAGUGUUGUAACAAUGCAUUCGUUAUUAGUCGUGUGUAAAAGAAUACACUUUUGUUUUCUUACUUUCAAA